CGACGCCGGCGCCGGCUGCAAAGACAAGAGCAAAAUUUCACACGCAGCAUAACAAUAAUUUCAGUCGCGUUUUUCACGACCUGCCCGCGGUUGUUGUUUCAACAAAGUUUUCCUCCUUCUUUUCUUCCAAACAAAAAAGAAACUCAAAAAAUAUACACCAAAUCGGAAUUGUUUAAACAAUCGUGUGAUAAACGUAUACACAUAUCGCCCAAAGGGGUCCACUUGCUGCUGGGAAAGCGUGAAAGUCGGAAAAGCCGGCGGAAUAAAGGGAUAACGAGUGCCAGCAUCCCGGCGAACCAAGCCCAAGGAACUUUCAACAUUAGGUUCGGUUCGCUUUUAUGUACACAUUCUAGUGCUUUGGUCACUUAUCAAUCUAGACCAGAACGCUAUGAGCGGCGAACUUUGAGGAGGGCUCGGAGGUCAGACACGAAUUCGGAACCAACAUAUUAUUAGCCAGUUAGCCCAAGCAGAAUUUUUGCAAGAUGUUCGACAUCACCUGGCUGCCCACCGCCUGCGGAUCGCUGGCACCGGCCCUCAUCCCACCAGCCCACAUCGUCAUCCUGUGGUACUUCUGGGAGAACUACGCCCGCUACGUGGACAGGCACUUCUGCACCUGCUCCUGCUGGGACACCGUCUUUAAAGGACCCUACGAGUCGGGCGUGGCCGCCUACAAGCACAUGUACUUCAAUGCCACGCCCAACAGCUUUAAGAUGUGGAUUCUGACCGUGUUCGCCGUGAUUGCCCUGUACGAGUGCAUCAAGAGGCUAAUCGCCCUGAUCCUCCAGCAGCGCGUGCGGUACUCCAUGCUGCUGCUCUUCCUUCUCUCGAUAUUCUCGCACUACUACGCCUGGUGGGCGUACAUCAACUACUACAACGAUGACUACUACAAUCAGUGGAACCACCAGCUCUUCUUCACGGUAACCGAGUUGUUCUCAACGGUGCUAGUGAUGCACCUGGCCAACACCACCAACGUGGUCACGCCGAAGAAAGUGUUCUGCAUCGUUGGCAUCGCCCUGCUGCACAUCCUGGCCAGCAGCUUUGACCAGUUCUUCAUGAAUGUGGUGCGCGGCGAGGGUUACGCCCACCAGAUAGUGCGGGACAUCGGGUUCAUGGUGCCCGAUCUCCUCCAGCUCUUCGUCCCGGUUUGGCUGCUCCGACAGGCACGUCGCGAGUGUUAUACCACGCGGCCCUUCCACCGAGAUCGGAAACUGCAUCGUGAUAUUGUGAUGAUGCUGUGCCUGGUGUCGCUGCUCUUUGUCAUUUGCACUGUUUUGUGAGAAAGGAUCAUGCUGGAGGUGUACGAGGAACGAUACGGAAAGGUCGUGCCCAUGCAGGAUGCGGCGGUCCAGCUGCUGAAUCGCUACCGGAUGCUGGCCAGUGGAAAUGUGCACAAUUGAAGGUGAAUGCUUUUGGUACUGAACAUUGUGGGAUUGUGGGUGGACAAUAGCGGCACUUGCCCAGCAGUAAGUGUGGAAUAUCCUGUAUUCCUGUAGAACUUUGUAUUUUCUUUUAACGUUUGUGAUAGUUUUUUUUUCUGUUGAGACAAAGUGAGCUGACGACAACCAUAUCGAUAAGCUUAAUUAUCAACCUACGAUGGUACAUAAUCAAUACAACAAACUGUAAUCUUCCAUUUAGAACCGUUGACCGAUACCGAUCUUAAGUGCAUUAUCAUUAACCCAUAGUUGAACUUAGGUACGAUGUAGUGAAAUCCAUUCCUGGACAUCCCGGGAACUUACGAGUAGAUGGGUCUAGCCCCAAUAGUCACAACGAUAAACAGUUAUUACAGGCAUGAACACAUGUGUAGAUUAGUUAUGGAACAACGAUGCGGAUACUUAAUAUUGAUAAAGGAUUGUGGAAGCGGAAGUGGAAGUGGAGACCCACCCAGUGUUAUACUACCUUAAAUCAGUUACAUGUGACUUAGACUGUUGUUAGAUAAUAACAAUAUUAUACAUGUUCAUCACGACAAACCAAAAUAUUCCAGUACAUCUAGUAGAUAAACCACAAACAACUAACAAAUAACACAAAACCAAAAUCGUAGUAAUCAAAAUUAGCGUUAUACUAUAUUGUUACGAUUAACUUGACAUCAAGGAAAUCAAAAACAUGCAGAUAUUAAUAUUUGGAAUAGCCUAUACUUAUACACAUAUAUAUUUUAGUAUACAAAAUUAUAUUGAAUAAACUUUAAGAGACUGAA